AUGUCGGUUGGUGCAUUCCCAGGCGCUCUGCCCGACUGGACAAACCUCAACGUCCUCCAACGCAAUACUCUCCCUCCUAGAGCUCAUUUCUACUCUUACCCCGACCAAGAGUCAGCACUCUCCUUCAACCGGGACCAAAGCCUUUUUCACAGUCUUAAUGGGACAUGGAAAUUCCACUACGACCCAAGCCCUCUCGAUGCCCCAAUCUGGGAGACUGCCAACACCACUUCAUGGGAUGACAUUGAAGUCCCAGGUAUGUGGCAGCUCCAGGGCUAUGGGGCUCCUCACUACACCAAUAUCGACUACCCAUUCUCGGUGACGCCACCUAAUGUCUCCUACGUUAACCCAACUGGCUCUUACUGGCGUCAGUUUGAGGUUCCUGAGGAUUGGGAAGGCGACCAGAUCCGAUUGAGGUUUGAAGGUGUUGAUAGUGCGUUCCAUGUACGAGUAAAUGGUGAGGAUGUGGGCUACGCGCAAGGUAGUCGUAAUCCUCAUGAGUUCGACAUUACGGACUAUCUCUCUUCUGACAAGGCUAAUGAACUGGCCGUGCGCGUCUACCAGUGGUCUGAUGGGUCUUACAUCGAAGAUCAAGAUCAAUGGUGGCUCUCUGGUAUCUUUCGCGACGUUUAUCUCAUCCCGUUUUCUGAAUCCUCAAUCAUUGACUACCAAGUUGACUCUGAGCUGAGCGACUCUUUUGAUCAAGGCUCCAUCAAGGUCAAUGUCACCGUUCAAGGCCAAGAAGGCGAUUUAGCCAUUAACCUGCUCUCUGCAAAUGGUUCAACAAUUGACGAAUGGAAAGGAUCGUCGUCCGAGAUAUACAAGAAACAAAUCUCUGGCGACGACUUUCAUCUCUGGUCUGCCGAGACGCCUUACCUCUACACUCUACUCAUCACCUACAACGGCCGAACAAUAAGUCAAAAGGCUGGGCUUCGACGCGUUGAGAUGAAGGGUCCCAACUUUUACGUCAACGGAAAACCAAUCAUCAUUUACGGUGUCAAUAGACAUGAGCACCAUCAUCUCACGGGCCGCACAGUCAGCUACGAGAACAUGCGAAAAGAUCUUAUCCUUAUGAAGAAAUCCAACAUCAACGCCAUCCGUGCAGCUCAUCAGCCUCACCACCCUGACUUUUUCGAUGUGGCAGAUGAACUCGGGUUCUACAUCAUCGGCGAGGCCGAUCUUGAGUGUCAUGGUUUCAGGUCCUUUGAAGAUACUGAGGAAAAGGCAGCAGAGUGGUUGUCCAAUAACCCGGACUGGGAAGACGCAUAUAUCGACAGAGCCCGUCAGCUUGUUGAGCGAUACAAGAACCAUGCCUCCAUUAUCAUCUGGUCUCUUGGCAACGAGUGUUUCUAUGGUCAGAACCACGCUGCCAUGAGUAAGUGGAUUCGAGAGCGAGAUCCAAGUCGUAUUAUACACUAUGAGCAGGAUCAUGAGGCCAAAUCGACGGAUAUGUACAGUCAGAUGUAUACUACUCCUGACUAUGUCCGACAAUUCAUUAAGGACCACGGUGACAAGCCAGUUCUCCUUUGCGAGUUUGCUCAUGCUAUGGGUAACGGCCCCGGCGGUCUUGUGGAGUACAUUGACAUGUUCAGAACCGAGCCGCUUUCUCAAGGUGGUCUUGUCUGGGAAUGGAGUAACCAUGGAAUCCUCAAGGAAGAGGGCAAUGUCACUUACUAUGCCUAUGGUGGUGAUUUUGGCGACCAUCCUAAUGACGCAGACUUUAUCAUGGAUGGUUUGACUUUGUCCGACCACUCACCCAUGCCUUCUCUCAGAGAGUAUGCCAAAGUGAUUCAGCCAGUGUCAGUCUUGCUGGCAAAGAAUGGCAGUGCGAUAACCAUCACGAACCAUUACGACUUCCUGGAUCUGAGCCACCUUGAUGCUUCGUGGCACGUGGUUGCAGAUGGUGUCAAGACUGAUCCCCAGAGUCUUUCUUUGCCUCGUGUACCACCAGGCGAAAACAGAACUCUGGCUAUUCCAUCUGUCGAGAACAUAACUACAGGCGAUUGUUGGGUUACUUUGGAGUUCAAACUCAAAGAGGAUACCCUUUGGGCUACCGAGGGACAUCUUAUCGCUUGGGACCAACUUCACAUCGAGCGACCCGCUUCAGCAUCUAAGAACGCGGCGUCUCUCACCCGCCGUGCUAACACCUCCGAAUUUGAAAGAAAGGGCACAAGUCUUAGCUACAAGAAUGGAGACUCCUCCUUUGGGUUCGAUCUCCUCCAAGGCAAUGUCACAUGGACCAAAAAUGGUGUUGAUAUCUUCCAACGCGGCCCAGAGCUCUCCUUCUACCGCGCCCUGACACAGAACGAUGCUUCUGGAUCAGGCGAUGGCCCAAUGUGGGACCGAGCUAGAAUCCCAAUGAUAUACCCUCAAGUCAGAGACGUGACAUGGAAGACUGACGAAGACGGCGCGACCGUCCACUACAAAGUUUGGGUCGGCGUCAAGACACAAGCGUGGGGUAUCGAGGCAGACAUGAUCUACAAAAUCCCCUCCUCAGGUCCAGAGCUUCAGCUUCAAGCCAGCGGCGAAUUUAUCGGCAAGAACUCCUCUCAUACGAUUCCUCGCAUCGGUCUCAUGGCUGUUCUACCAGAAUCCUUUGACGACGUAUCAUGGUUCGGUCGUGGUCCAGGCGAGAGCUACAAAGACUCCAAACAAGCAGGUCGCAUUGGAGAAUACAGUUCUAACGUGCCGGAUCUGUUUACACACUACGAUUACCCACAAGAGAAUGGUAACCGAGAAGAUCUGCGUUGGCUCAAGAUCGGCAACAAGGACGCCGCGCUUGAUGCAAGGCGGGCAAAGGGCGAGACAUUCACUUUUACGGCCAGAAGAUACAUGCCUUUUGAUUUGGAUGACGCCAAGCACCCUCAUGACUUGAAGCCCUUGAACAUGACAGUCUUGCAUCUGGAUUAUGAUAGCAAUGGACUGGGCAGUGCGACUGUUGCUGUGAGGCCGUUUGAGCAGCAUAGGUGUUACAUGAAGGCUUUUGACUUUACAUUUGACUUUAGCAUUGUUUAG